AUGCAUGGACUAGUCUCUAGUAGCGCUACGUGGGUGCUAAAUCUACCACAUCAAUCUGCAGGUAAGGAAUUGCCAUAAAGUUUCCUGAAGGCCCAUUUAUUAUCAGGAUUUAUUUUUGCUGACGCUGGAUUUGAUGUCUGGCUUGGGAAUAUCCGAGGAAAUACCUAUGGAAGAAAACAUGUGAUCCUGAACGAUAAGCAGAAGGAGUUUUGGAGGUUUAGGUAGACCGAAUUGUAUUGUGACCAUUUAGUAUUAUUUACAUUCCAGUUGGUCUGAACACGCUCACAAUGAUCUCCCAGCCAUCUUUGAUAAGAUCGAAGAAGUCACAAAUCAAAGUCAAAUUUACUAUUUGGGGUACAGUCAAGGGUCGACUAUGAUGUUUGCCCAACUUGCUGAGCACCCUGAAUUUGCAAACAGAAUCAAAAGAUUUUUUGCGCUAGGUCCUGCAGUAAGCAUGCGCAAUACCAAAGGGUUUCUCCGGUUUAUGGCCGAUGUAAUGUAUCCUAUUUAUAAAGUAAGGCAUUUGAAAACUUCUGUGAUCUUACUCGUGUUUUAGAAGGUUAGAGCCAUGUUCGGGGACUCUGAAUUUGUCCCAAAGAGUUACAUUAUGGAUUGGGUAGUCCGCCAUGUUUGUCGUGGGCCUAUGACUCACUUAUGCAGCAAUUUCAUCUUUCUAUUAGCCGGACCAGAAAUGGGUAAUAUUAACGAAACACGAAUCAAUGUCUACAGUUCUCAUACUCCGGCGGGCACAUCGAAUCAGAAUAUUCUUCAUUGGGCUCAGCUGGCGUACACUGGAGUCUUUGCCAAGUUUGAUUACAUCGAUAAGGAAAAAAAUGUCGAACAUUAUAAACAAGUAGGUAGCUUAACAGUAAGAGAGGUGCUACUUAAGUGAUUUGGAUGACUGAGCUGCCUGGUUCAGCCAACAAAUCCUAUUAAACUAUUAUUUGAUUGUGUUACAGGAGACUCCACCACUCUACAGUCUCAAUAAUAUUGACCAAAAUCUGAAGAUUCAUUUCUACACAAGCAAAACGGAUAUUCUAGCAGACCCUGCGGAUGUUAAGGAUACAAUAUCAAAACUUCCGAAAGGAGUCUUGAAGGUAAAGAAUUAAAACUAUACCCCGAUUUUCAGAGUCACAAAAUCUUGGACAAAUUCAGUCAUCUCGAUUUCCAAUGGGGUCUAAAUGCUCCUAAACUGGUGUAUUAUCCGAUACUUCACACCAUCAAAAAGCUGGAUCAAGUUUGA